AUGUCCAGAGUCGCUGCGUUAUCGCAACAGCAAGAACCCCCACAUUUAGGGUCUCUAAUCAAGAAAUUCAUGUUCCAUAGGAUCCUUGACUCAAACCCGCAAACCAAAGUGAUUUCGCUGUUGGGUAAGAUUGACUCACAGGAUGCAAUUGUGACGUUAGAAAAAACGCAUUUCACAUACGAUACAAACGUUUUUCGGGCUGAGAACGGGCGCAAUACGCCCGUUCUUCACAAUUGCGAAGCCGAGUUUAGUUGUCUCAAAUCGAUUGAAGAAUUGAAAGAAGUGGCAUCCAAUGAUAUCUACUACUGGGGCAUGUCGUUACUGCGCCAGGAUAUGGGUCAGAACCCAACGGCCAAGAUCAACCUGAUCUGGCCUGCGACUGCGGUCCAUAUCCGCAAGUACGACUCGCAGCGGCUACACGUGAUCAGAGAGACUCCAGACAUCUACAGCAGCAUUGUUGAACCCUAUAUCGUGGAAAUGUGCUCGCAGCAACGGUUGCAAUGGGUACGGAACAUUCUGCAUCACGGUGCAGAGUCUGAUCGCGUUGUGUAUCGGGAUUUCGUGGAAAGCAACGCGAAGGACGGGUUUCUGAUCUUGCCUGACAUGAAAUGGGACGGUGUGAACCUGGACGCACUGUACUUGGUUGCGAUUGUGUUCCGUGAAGAUAUUCGGUCCUUACGUGACUUACGGCCAGAACACAAGCCUUGGUUGGUCUCAAUGCUUAACAAGAUCCGGUCUGUGGUGCCUGGGUGUUACAAUUUCACCAUUCAGCCAGAUGAACUGCGAAUCUUUAUUCAUUAUCAACCCUCGUAUUACCAUUUCCACAUCCAUAUCGUCAAUGUCAAGCAUCCUGGCAUCGGUGCCGGCGCCUCGGCCGGAAAGGCCGUUCUGUUGGAAGAUGUAAUAGAACAAUUGAAUUUUUUGGGCCAAGCUGGGUUUAGGAACAAGACCAUCACGUACAUUUUGGGCGAGAAUCACGAUUUGUGGGGCCGUGGUCUUAAAGACGUUGUUGAACGAGAAUUGGAUUCGUCUGGAAUUCCAAAAUCUCCCACAGUGGUCAACGAUUUUCACGGAGCAUUGAAACGGGGGUGA